GAUUGUACCUACUCAGUAUAGUAUAGUGAUCUUAGCAACAACUUGAGUUAUAGUGUUAGGGUCCGUAUCUGUCAGAGAACAUAAAUAGCGCUGCUUUCGGCCAACUUCCCACCAACUACCCACCCGUAUCAACGUCAACCUUCUCUACUUCAACAUGUCCUCUCCAUCACCUGUGGAUGCACCAUCCCAUGUGCUACACCUCCUAUCAAGACUCCAUAAGGUGUCAUUGGAGCAGGAAGCUGCCAUUGAUGAAACUGGCAAGGUCUUCUCGGCCAAGGUCAUAGGCGACUUCGAAGACAAGCUCCCCGAGAAGGAUGCGACGACCCAGUUUGAUAAGCUGAUGCUCGAUAAAUUUAUCGCCCUCGAUGAAGAUAAAUGUCAGUUUGUAUAUCAGUUAAUCAACGCGAUGGGUGCCACCAACGUUGUGGAGGCCGGCACCAGUUUCGGUGUCAGUACUAUUUACCUGGCUCUCGCGGUAGCUAAAGCGAAGGCUGCGACAGGAAAGCCCGGUGUGGUCAUCGCGACUGAAAAGGAGCCGGAGAAAGCAAAGGUUGCAAGGGACUACUGGAAGCAGUGUGGUGCCGCGGUGGAGAAUGAGAUUGAUCUUCGCGAGGGAGACCUCCUCGAAACGCUGAAGGAGAACCUGCCGGAAGUUGACUUACUCUUACUGGAUAUCUGGUCUAAGCUUGCCCUCCCAACUCUCAAAACAGUCCAGCCGCGUCUUAGACACGGUGCUGUGGUCCUUACCGACAACACUAUCUCGGGUGCUCAGGGAUAUGCGGACUUGUUGGCUUACCUCAGAGAGCCAAGUAAUGGCUUCCGCAACAUGACUUUGCCAUUCACGAAUGGCUUUGAGAUGAGUGUUUACCUCCCAGAGAGCAAAUAAGCUACCACCUCUUAACGCAUACUUCUCUGUCUUCUACGCACUAGCAAUGGUACCUUUUCUCCUUGGUUGCCAACAAAUGUAUAUAUUUAUGCCACAAACUUUGGAUGCUUGAUAUCCUGUCUUUGGACAUAUCCCACGGUAGGGCUUCCUAUAGUCACGCGGGUUCCGCCCUGACAGUUAUUGAGGAGUCUGGACGAAUACCAGUCAAGUCCCAUGCGAUAAAGCACUGUUUUCAUCCAAUAUCCCUUAUACAAAU